CCUUUUGUGUUGUUGGUUCAUAUCUUUUGUCUUUCCGCUUUAUUGGUGAAAUCAAUUCCAUUGCAAUUGCCGCAAAAGUGUGUAAAAAUAAUACAAGUUAAAUGUGUUAACGGUUAUUUCGUGAGAAAAAACCCGCCGGUUUUUCUCCUGCAACAGUAAAAUCAACAAGCAAUCGCCGAUACACGCACUCUCUCUCUCUCUGUCCCUCUCGCUAUAAUCCAAUUGAGGUUUGAGGGCAGCAGAGUCCCCUCUCUCUCUCUCUCUCUCUCUCUCUCUCAUACGCGUGUGCCCCCACAAUGUCGCUGCUCCUGCUAUCCCCACUCCUCGCACUCCUGUUGCUCCUGUCCAGCAGUGUGAGCGAGACGGCUGCGGACUAUGAAAACACCUGGAACUUCUACUAUGAGCGUCCUUGUUGCACUGGAAACGAUCAAGGCAACAACAACUACGGCAAACAUGGGAGAGAUCAUGUGCGGGAGUUUAACUGCGGCAAGCUAUAUCGGACAUUUCAUAUGAACGAGGAUCGGGAUACGCUCUAUGUGGGUGCAAUGGAUCGAGUAUUCCGUUUGAACCUGCAGAAUAUCUCCUCGUCCAAUUGUAAUCGGGAUGUGAUCAACUUGGAGCCAACGCGCGAUGAUGUGGUUAGCUGUGUUUCCAAGGGAAAGAGUCAGAUUUUCGAUUGCAAGAACCAUGUGCGUGUCAUCCAGUCAAUGGAGCAGGGCGAUAGGCUCUAUGUGUGCGGCACCAACGCCCACAAUCCCAAGGAUUAUGUUAUCUAUGCGAAUCUGACCCACCUGCCGCGCUCGGAAUAUGUGAUUGGCGUUGGCCUGGGCAUUGCCAAGUGUCCCUACGAUCCCUUGGACAACUCGACGGCGAUUUAUGUAGAGAAUGGCAAUCCUGGCGGUCUUCCUGGCCUGUACUCGGGCACCAAUGCGGAGUUCACCAAGGCGGAUACGGUUAUUUUCCGCACAGAUCUUUAUAAUACAUCGGCUAAACGUUUGGAAUAUAAAUUCAAGAGGACCCUGAAAUACGACUCCAAGUGGCUGGACAAACCCAACUUUGUGGGCUCCUUUGACAUUGGGGAGUACGUGUAUUUCUUUUUCCGUGAAACUGCCGUGGAGUAUAUUAAUUGUGGCAAGGCCGUCUACUCACGCAUCGCUCGUGUUUGCAAAAAGGAUGUGGGUGGCAAGAACUUGUUGGCCCACAAUUGGGCCACCUACCUAAAGGCCCGCCUCAAUUGCAGCAUCUCUGGCGAGUUUCCGUUCUACUUCAAUGAGAUCCAAUCGGUCUACCAGCUGCCCAACGAUAAGAGCCGCUUCUUUGCCACAUUCACGACGAGCACUAAUGGCCUGAUUGGAUCUGCCGUAUGCAGCUUCCACAUUAACGAGGUUCAGGCUGCCUUCAAUGGUAAAUUCAAGGAGCAAUCCUCAUCGAAUUCCGCUUGGCUGCCGGUGCUGAACAAUAAGGUGCCGGAACCGCGGCCGGGUACAUGUGUCAACGAUACUGCCAAUCUGCCCGAUACUGUGCUGAAUUUCAUCAGAUCCCAUCCACUUAUGGACAAAGCCGUAAAUCACGAGCACAACAAUCCAGUCUAUUAUAAGAGGGAUUUGGUCUUCACCAAGCUCGUCGUUGACAAAAUCCGCAUUGACAUUCUCAAUCAGGAAUAUAUUGUUUACUAUGUGGGCACAAAUCUGGGUCGCGUUUAUAAAAUUGUUCAGUAUUAUCGCAACGGCGAAUCGCUGUCCAAGCUGCUGGAUAUCUUUGAGGUUGCGCCCAAUGAGGCCAUCCAGGUAAUGGAAAUCAGUCAGACACGUAAGAGCCUCUACAUUGGCACCGAUCAUCGCAUCAAGCAAAUCGAUUUGGCCAUGUGCAAUCGCCGUUACGACAAUUGCUUCCGUUGCGUUCGUGAUCCGUACUGCGGCUGGGACAAGGAGGCCAACACGUGCCGGCCCUAUGAGCUGGAUUUGCUGCAGGACGUGGCCAACGAAACAAGUGACAUCUGUGACUCCAGUGUGCUGAAGAAGAAAAUUGUGGUUACCUAUGGCCAGAGCGUUCAUUUGGGUUGCUUUGUUAAAAUCCCCGAAGUGCUGAAAAAUGAGCAGGUGACCUGGUAUCAUCACUCCAAGGACAAGGGACGCUAUGAGAUUCGUUACUCGCCCACAAAGUACAUUGAGACCACGGAACGUGGCCUGGUUGUGGUUUCGGUGAAUGAAGCCGAUGGCGGUCGCUACGAUUGCCAUUUGGGCGGUUCCCUAUUGUGCAGCUACAACAUUACAGUGGAUGCCCAUAGAUGCACUCCGCCGAACAAGAGUAAUGACUAUCAGAAAAUCUACUCGGACUGGUGUCACGAGUUUGAGAAAUACAAAACAGCCAUGAAGUCCUGGGAAAAGAAGCAAGCGCAAUGCUCGACACGGCAAAACUUUAGCAGCAAUCAGCAUCCGAAUGAGAUUUUCCGCAAGCCCAAUGUCUGAUAUCGUGAAGAGAAUUUCGCCCUCAACAUGCCGUCAUCGUCGUCCAAUCAGUUUUAGUAAAUGCAAAGAAGAUAAAUGCCAAUCAGCGCACAAUACAAAACGAAGGAAAGGAUUAAAACAUUAUUAUUAUUAUUAUUCAUCAGCGACAUCAUCAUAGACAUACACACAUUCUUCAGCAAUGAACAGAAAACACUUGAAACACUCUUCCUAAAGGAUUAUGCAUUUACUGAGGCAUUUACAAUGCAUUCAUUGACUUAGAUUUAGACUAUAUAGGGUAUUAUUAUCGCAUGACACUGCUCCUUGAAUCCGAUUUACACCCACAUCUAUAUAUAUAUAUAAAAAUACUAAAGAUAUGCCACAAAACCCAUAGUUAGCUACGACAAUUGAUCAAUUGAGAUACGUGAGUUGUAAAACUGCCGCAGAAUCGCACAUUCAUAUCGUUAUUUGAAUCUAGACUUUGAUCAGUUUCAGCCUAAUACAUAUAUAAAUACAUACAUAUAUCCGAACUUUGAACUUUCAAGGCAAAGCAUACAUACAUAUAUUAAUGUAAUCGAUGAAGCAAUGUGAUGUUAAGUUUUGAUAAAUUUAUUAACAGCCCAACUACACGCAUAAAUACAUACAUAAUUAAUCCGCGAUGAACACAUUAUACAUAAAUGUACUAUAACGACACAUAAAUCGAGUUGAAUCAGCCCUAAAUCGAAUACAAUUCUAUAUAAAUGGGAAGCUAUCCUUAGAUAAACCUCAAUCACACAAGCAAUACUCGCCUAACGUGCAUCGACAUACUUAACUCGAAUCGGUCCAUAGCUUAUAUAUAUAUACAUAAAUACUCCAUUAAAAUAUCAACAAUUGAGCAUUAA